CUUCCAAAAAUGGCUUUGCCUUCUUCUUCCUCUUUCACUUUCGAAACCCUAAUUCUGGUUUGCCUUCUUCUCCUCCAUGGAUGUUCAUAUUUUGCUAGCGCUCAGCUGAGGCCUGACUUCUAUGCCGGGACCUGCCCCAGAGUCUUUGACAUCAUUGGGAAUGUCAUCGUUGACGAGUUGCAGACCGAUCCCCGCAUUGCCGCCAGUAUCCUUCGCCUUCACUUCCACGACUGCUUUGUUGCCGGUUGUGAUGCAUCGAUAUUAUUAGACAACUCAACCUCGUUCCGGACCGAGAAAGACGCUGCCCCGAACGCAAAUUCGGCCCGAGGUUUCAACGUCAUCGACAGAAUGAAGUCCGAGGUCGAGCAAGCUUGCCCGCAAACCGUUUCUUGCGCCGAUGUCCUCACCAUCGCCUCUCAAAUAUCCGUUCUUUUGUCGGGAGGUCCAUGGUGGCCGGUUCCGUUGGGAAGAAGAGACAGUUUGCGAGCUUUCUUCGAUCUUGCGAAUACUGCUCUUCCCGCCCCGUUCUUCACUCUUGAUCAGCUUAAAGCCAGUUUUGCGGCCGUUGGUCUCAACCGUACCUCGGAUCUUGUCGCUCUUUCCGGUGGUCACACAUUCGGCAGAGCUCAAUGCCGAUUCAUAAUGGACCGACUCUACAACUUCAACAACACCGGUCUACCAGACCCUACCCUUAACUCGACUUACCGUGAUGAACUUCGACUACUAUGCCCUCAGAACGGAAACCAGAGCGCCCUCGUGAAUUUCGAUCUCGUGACCCCGGAUGCCUUCGACAAGCAGUAUUACUCUAACCUCAGAGUCGGAAAGGGACUCAUUCAAAGCGAUCAAGAACUCUUCUCUACUCCCGGAGCCGAUACAAUACAGCUAGUAGAAUUAUAUAGCAGUAAUUCAUCUGCGUUCUUCCAAGCUUUCGUGGAAUCAAUGAUAAGGAUGGGGAAUAUUACACCGCUCACGGGAAAUCAAGGAGAGAUUAGAAGGAAUUGUAGGGUGGUGAAUCCGCAAUUGCGGGGUGUUGAGAGCGAUGGUGGGUUUGUUAGCUCCAUUUGAAAAUAUGGGUAUGGAUAUGUAAGAAGUAAAAACGUAUGUGGGUGGAAAGUAUUUUCCGUAAAAUAAUGGAUCUCAUGACUAUGGAGUUAUGAGGAAAACUAUGAAGACGUAUAUUACUUCCUUUA